CCCGGGUAAGGCGGGUAACUCGAACGUUUGCCCUUCGGGUUGGCGCGAGCCCUGGCGGCGGCGGCAGCGGCGGCUGCGGCAGUAGAGCUCGAGACCAAGGCUAGACAUGUCCCAGAGGAGAACCCGGUCCGGAGGGGCCGCCCAGUGUUCCGGGCCCAGCGCCCCAACUUCCACUCAGUCUCUGCGGAGGUCCCAGCGGAAAUCAGGCUCUGAUAUCCCAAGCAUCGUCCCGGAAAUCUGGCCUAAGGCACCCCAGGCGGCUCCAGUCAGAAAGCCCAUCGUCCUGAAGAAGAUCGUGGCCCAUACUGUAGAGAUCCCGUCUGUUCAUUCGCCUCGAAGGAGUCCCCGGAUCGCUGUUUUUUUGGAGAAAGAAAACAACCCUCCUAGCAAGGAGCCUACUCGGGAGGACGUCUUCCAGACAUGUAGUGUCCCUGUCACCUCCGCCUCCACUGCUGUGCUGUGCUCCCUGAAUGUUGAGUCCGACUCCGGGGAAGGAGACCUGGACGCCAGAGACUUGGAAAUGUCAAAGAAAGUCAGGCGGUCCUACAGCCGCCUGGAGACUCUUGGCUCUGCCUCCACCUCCACCCCAGGCCGCCGGUCCUGCUUUGGCUUUGAGGGGCUGCUGGUGACAGAAGACUUGGCUGGAGUCUCGCCUGUGGUGGGUUCAAAGUUAACUGAGGUCCCCAGGGUCCCUGUGAAGCCCUGGGCCCCAGACACAACUCUCCCUGGAAUCUCUCCCCCGGCCGUGAAAGAGAAACGAAAGAAGAGGAAGGUGCCGGAGAUCUUGAAAUCGGAGCUGGAUGAGUGGGCCGCGGCCAUGAAUGCUGAGUUUGAAGCUGCUGAGCAGUUUGAUCUCCUGGUUGAAUGAGAUGAAGUGAGGGUGUCCCUGGCCAGACUCCCCUCUUCCCCCUGUACAUAGUCCCCUCUCCCUGUGGAGAAGACACUUGGGGUCCCCUCCCCUGGUCUUGUUACCUGUGCACGCGCUGUUGCUGCACGUGAGGCCUGUCCUCUGGGGGCUGGCACAGCGGCAGCAGCCGUUUCAGCUUGAGGAAACGGGGCCCGCCUGGCCCAGCCCCGCACUGGCGUCCUGUCUGUAGUCAGUCACCUACCAUCCUUUCCCCACUACGUCCCAGAGUAUCCCAGCCUGUUUCCAGUCGGGCCUCAGACUAGGGAGUAGGAAUCACUGGCCCAGCCAGAAGAGGUGAAAGGGCUGGGGGCUGGGGGUGAGAGAGCAACUCUGCUCUUGUGGGGAAAUGUGGCCGCUCUGUAGCAGCCCCACCAGAGAUGGACGCCGAGGGCCACAGCCAGCCUCGGGCUUUCUCUACUGAGUUGCCUCUGCUGAGGCUUGGUUCCCAGCCAUGAGUGCAUCUAGGUAACGAGGCUUGGGUUUCCUCUUAGAUUCUGUAGAUGGUCCGGGAGGACUGUCGCCAUGGAUUGGAGACAAUUCUGUCUGUGAAGAAGAAGCAGGAUAUUCAGCCUAUAGUCUUAAGUUUUGAAGGAGGGAGGGAAGCCUUGGUUGGGUCUCAGACCGUAAAUGUCUGCUGCACAGAAGUUGUGUUUUAUAGUUGUGUGUGCUGUUGCUGAGAUGUUCAGUUAAAUGCAGGCUGAUGGAGCAGUGGCCGCUUGGGGAGGGAAGGUGUCUCCAGACCUCCCAGAACCUGAGGCUCACGGCAUCUGGACUGAUAACUGCAGAGGGCAGGAAGGGGCCCCCUCUUAUCACUCAUACCUGUUUUUUACAAAACAAAAUGUACAGCGUCUAUUUAGCUCUAGAAGAAGAACUUAGGAGUUGAAUGGUCCUGGUGACAUUAGCAUUUCGUAAAGUUCUAGGAAGCUUUUCUCACGUGCCAGAAAGGGGCCAGUGUUGAUAGCAGUUUUAACUUUCAGCUUCCAUAGUGUCCUCUCACAGGAGGACACUGCCUGAGGUAGGUGCUAGGAGUUGAACUAGGGGGAGGGUGAGGUCAUCUCAUCGUCUCUGGGGUUCCCCACUCCCCUAGCCCCUGUUUCUCUUUUCUCAAUAUUGUUAAAAGGUGAACUUGCAAAGGCUGCCCAACCACAACUUCCGCCAUAGCCCAGGCCUUUGUGCCUUUUGAUGUUUACAGGUUCAUGGAAGUAGGGGAUAAGAGGAGUGUGGAGAGGCUAGUGGAGAGCAGAGAAUAUCAGGGAAGACGAGUGCUUGCUUGGUUAGGGUCCCCGAAACAGGCACAGGCCCGGUGGGCGCUAGUUAAACUCUUUGCAAGGCCUACAAGUCCUGAAGAGUCUCGUCCUCGCUGGCUGGCGGGACAGCUCUUGGGAAAUGUCUUAGUCCUGCAGAGUCGGGAGUAGCCAAAUGAUGCUGAGUUGAUGUCGUGACUGCAAACUUCUCUCUGUCCCUGAAAAACUAAGAAUGGAGUUUAAGGGAAAACUGGGGUUUGUUUUUUAAAGAAAACAACAAUUAAAGAGUUUCUGCCUGUUCAUAGACUGUUUCUUUUGUUGGGUCAAAGGCAGAGCUGAAGGUGUGGGACCCAGGAAGCCAUGCCUUCUUUGGGCUGUGUCAUCAGGGCUGUCCCUUUGUAUGGGGGGCUGCCAGCCUGGCCUCCAGUAGUCUGUGGUAGAUCACUCCCACCCCCACCCCACC